AUGGUACGCCAGUAUAUCAAUGUCCUAUGUAAAAGGGAUGAUAGGGCUACCAGGUUCAAUAUAGAGAAAGGGCCCAGUGAUAAGUGGUUCCGGGGAUUUUUGAAAAGGCACCCUGAACUAUCAGAGAGGGAAUCCGAGGCCCAAGACAGGGGGAGAAGCCAUAUAACAGCACACCUAUGCAUAUCGGCUGAUGGCAAAGUCCUUCCUACCUUUUUAAUAUUCGAAAAAUCACUUCCCCACACCUCCUACAAGGAUGGUGUUCCACCAAAUUGGUUAUUCGGAUAUUCAGAAACCGGCUAUAUGGACUCGGAGCUUUUCAAAACAUGGCUUAGGGAUUUAUUUAUUCCUAAUUGUGGCAAUGAGCGUCCAGUCCUCCUUAUCAUGGACAAUCAUGACUCCCAUAUAAAUGUAGAUGUAAUCAAACUGGCAAGAGAGAAUGGUGUUGAACUGGUAGGGUUACCUCCACAUACCACCCUCAUUUUGCAACCUUUAGACGUUCAAAUUAAUGGUCCAUUAAAACCUAAAUUAAACUCCCUUGCUAUGAACCUUGGAUUUGUCAAUAAACAUCAAGUUUUAAACAAAGCCAGAUUCCCUGCUGUACUGUCACAAGCCAUUGACCAGUUCUGCUCACCUGGAAAUGUGAAACAGGCCUUUAGAAAAGCAGGUAUCUAUCCACUCAACCCUGAUGCAAUAGAUAAAACGCAACUUACACCAUCUCAUAGCACCACAUUAGCACAAUCAUCUCCUACAAUACCCUCUCCCUUAUCACAGCAAUCCUCUUCAUUGGAACUGUCCACCUCAGCAAUGCCUUCUACUUUAGCACAACCUUCUACCUCAGCACUGUCUUCUACAUCAGCACUGUCCUCGUCCUCGGCACCGCCCUCUACCUCUGUCCUGCCCUCUACUUCGGCACCGCCCUCUACCUCUGUCCUGCCCUCUACUUCGGCACCGCCCUCUACCUCUGUCCUGCCCUCUACCUCGGCACCGCCCUCUACCUCUGUCCUGCCCUCUGCCUCGGCACCGUCAUCGUCUGAAAAGUCCUCUACUUCAUCACAAGCUUCCUCUUCCACUUCUAUCUGUAAAGAGUGUGGAACUUUUCUAGGGGGUAACCCACUUGUAACAGAGGGUCUUAUACCUCAAGCGAUGGCUGAUCUUUUUCAACCUGUACCUGCUAAACCGUAUGUUGCCAGGAGAAAGCUUGUCACCGAGUCAAGAGUAAUAACGAGUGGAAGUUUUUUACAGCAACUGGAGGAAAAAGCAGCUGAAGAAAAAAACAAGAAAGAGGCAACAGUUAAGAGAAAGAGAGAGAGAGAGGAAAAGAAACAGCAAAAAGAGAAUGAGAAAAAAGUCAGACGACCGCGAAAGCAACAAAAAACCAAUAAGAAAGAAGUCUACAAAUGUAAAGUGUGCUUGCUGAGUGACCCUUUGGACAAUGAGGAUGAAGAAACUCUCUGGGUACAGUGCUGCCAAUGUGAUAUUUGGUACCACCCAGAGUGUGUUGGCCUCAGCCAGGCAGACUUGGAGGAUGACACUUUCAUCUUCAAAUGUGCACCAUGUCUUGAUGCUGGAGAGGAAUAA